GAACUUCGCUGAAGCCGAUUUUUAACAACAGAGCUGCUCGAUGAGCGAUAUUGGAAACUGAUCAACCCUGGCAUGGCACCCACAACGGAGCCGAGGCUGAAUGUGGAGGCUCUGAGUAAGAGAGAUGUGCUGCUGCUCUUCAGUGUUCUUGAAGGAGAGCUGGAGGCCAGAGACUUUGUCAUACAGGCACUCAAGGCCCAGCACAAAGAUUCAUAUGUGUGUGAGCGAUACGGCAAAUACAACCUGAGCGACCCAUUUCUGGCCCUGCAGAGAGACAGCGAGACCCUCCAGAGCUCCAGCCAGACAAGAGAAGACAGAGCGAGUUCAUCCCAGAGACGGGAUGGGGUCUGUGGGACCAAGGCUCGUUCGGAUCCUUUAGCGGUGCUGAAGCUGGUGGUGGGACACUGCAGGCGGAUGCAGGAGAAGAUGCUGAAACAGCUGGCGGCUGCAGAGAACAGACACAGGAGGGUCAUUGCUGAUCUGGAGGAGGAGAAGAGGAAGCACGCUGAAGAUACAGCGGAAGGAGAUGACGUCACUUACAUUCUGGAGAAGGAGCGAGAGCGCCUCCUGCAGCAGUUGGAGUUUGAAAAGUCGAAGACGUCCCGGAUGGAGCGGGAAAACAAGCGGCUGCACGAUCAGCUGGAGGAGCAGCGAGUCCAGCAUAAACAGCUCAUGACGGCACUGAGUCGGGAGUGCAAACGCUCCGGCACCCGCGCUCACGAGGAGUCCCAUCGUGCCACCGAACUCAGCCAGCGACUCGAGCGUGAGCGAGCUGCCAGUCACACUCUGAGGGCGGAGCUUGAGGAGGAAAAGAAGAGGGCGAUGCAGAUGGAGGCGAGACGAGAAGAGCUGCUGGCCGAGUUCGACACUGUAAGAGAACAGCUCGGGCUGAGAUUACGAAAAGAGGAAGCACGCUGUAACGCACUACAAGAAGAACUAGAGACGUUGAGGAAAGAGACAACAGAUUCAGUCAAUGGCCACCACGUUUCUAUGGUGGAAGAUGUUGAGAAGCAGAGUUUGUUAAGCAAUGGGACCAAUUCACAAGCCUCUCAAUCACCAGAUAUACAAGCUGCAUAUCAGGCCGGCAUCCACCAGCGCUUCCACGCAGCCCGUCACAAGUUUCAAGGCACAAGUGAUCAAGAUCCUAACACCAUUUCUUCUCCUAUAAACAGUCCACAUGACAUUUCGCCUUGUCCAACUUCACCAGAUAUCAUUUCUUCAAAACAAGCCACCCGUGGCACCAUGCUAAGUCGCUUUAGCACUCCUCAAAGUCCCAGCAAAUCAACAUCCUCAAACAGUUCUCCUUUCGGCACUGAUUAUCGUGCCGUGGUCCAGUCUGGGAUGUUGUCUCCUACUAUCAGGUCUCCGACUAUUCCCAGAGCGGACAGAGGGAUCCCGCCUCCAAUCCCACCCAAAAAACCAGGCCUGGCCGAAACGCCGCCUUCUCCUGCCACCCUACGAGCUGCUCAUGUUGCUCAUAUGACUGUCGGUUGUGGACGCAACAGCAACUCAGAGAGCAGCAAAGAACCAGAUCUGAUGCUGUCAUCUAGCGGCUAGCAAGCGCAAAUGAACAACUCGAUCCUGUCAAACACUGUUGAUUUUUUAAGGGACGUUUCCAGGUUUUGAAAUAAUAUUUGGUAACACUUUACUAUCUUAAUAAACUAGUAAUUAGCUGUUUAUUAAUAGUUAGUAGGGUAGAAAUUGGGAUUAGGUUUUGGAUAGGAUUGAGGAUGCAGAAUAAGGUCAUACUUUAUAACUACUAAUGAACAGUUCAUAUCUUAAUAAUAGGCAGGUAAUAAGCCGGUAGUUAAUAGCAUGAAUUGUGACCCAAACUAAAGUGCUACCAAAUAUUUUAGAAGCAUAUGUUUAUGUAACUCUGUACUUUUAGUAUAUUUCGUUCAAGGCAUGUUGAUUAUGUGCAUAAUUACAUUGUGUUUAGUCAUUUAUUAUGAGAAUAAUCAUCAUUUUAUUACUGACAAUCACCAGCUUCUGUAGAUAGUUUUAUAUAUUGUUAUUCUGCCAGAUAUUUAUAUAUAUUUACACUACAAAUAAAGCGUUUGGGUUCACUAAGUCACUUAGUUUACUAAGUUUUAAAAAAAAAAUCUGAUAUAAUGCUGCAAAAUUGAUUUCUAUUUUAAUUAAAUGUAAAUAAUUCUGAAAAAAGUGUUACAGUUUCCAAGCAGCACACCUGUUUUCAACAUCAAUAAUAAUAUUAUCAAAUAUCUUUUGAGCACCAUGUUGGCAUAUUAUAAUGAUUUCUGAAGGAGAUCAUUAUAAUAUGAAAAAUAUAUAUAUAUAUAUGAAAAAUGAUGCUGAAAAUUCAGCUUUGAUGACAGUAAUAAAUGUGACCCAGGACCACAAAACCAAUCAAAAGUGCCAAGUUUUGGAAAAUGAGAUGUAUUUAUUUUCUCAUAGUUAAGCUUUCCAUUGGUACACUGUAAAAAAAAAAUCCUGGUUGUCUUAAAUUUUUAAGCUGAAUCAAAUUAGAGUCCAUUGAACUUAUAUUAUGUUAAACUGACUUAAAACAGCUCGCAUAAUUUUAAUAAAAUUAAGUUAGAACAUGAUUAACUUUUAGUUUAUUAAGUUACAAUGACUUAAAAUAUAUGCUGUCAGGACUAAUUGAUCAUAUAAUUGUUUACAGGGUAGAUGCAUUGUUAUGAUAGGACAAUAUUUGGCUGAGAUAACAUCUAUUUAAAAAUCUGGAAACUGAGGGUUCAAAAAAAAUCUAAAUACUAAGAAAAUCGCAUUAAUUAAAAUCACACACUAAUCAAAAAAUGGGUUUUGAUAUAUUUACAGUGGGAAAUUUGCAAAAUAUCUUCAAGUAACAUGAUAUUUACUUAAUAUUGUAAUGAUUUAAUUUAAUUAAUAAUUUUGACCAUUACAACAACUUGACCAAACUAUUGCCAAAAAUAGACGCGUACAACAUAAGACUGGUUUUGUUGUCCACAAUCACAAAUUACAUUUUAAAAUAAUUUAAAAUGGAAAGAAAUUGCUUAGGUUUGUAUAAUAUUAACAAAUUAAGCCUUAGAAAUGUUCAGAAAUUAUUAAACAAUGCAAUUGUGCACAUAAUUUUAUAUCUGAAAACUGUAUCCUUCUCCAUCAUCUAGUUUAUACACUGAAGUAUAUUUAACAUACAGCAUGUGCAAACAGUCCUUUACUUUUUCCAUUGUUUUUGUAUAUCUCAAGGUAUUGGAUAUUUAGCCUGAAUAUUCCCAUCUCACUCAGCAGUUUAUAUCACUUUAUAAUGUUCUGUUAUGUUUAUCUUGUACGUUUGUAUCCAUUUUGUGAUAUAAUUGAUAUUUUUAUAACCGUUAUCAUUUUUAGAUUCUUCGUUACUCUUGUAGAUGAGCUGGAACAUUUAUAUAUAUAUAUAUGUACUGCCUAAAGCCAGCCAGCAGGAGGCACUGGGUGGUCAAGAUACACUAUCACCCAUCCUCAGCUAUAUUUGGAAAAUAAUCUUAGCUUACUGCACAGCAUACACUAUAUACUCUCUUAUAUUUUUUUAAACAUAGUAUGAGAAAUAAAGUUAUUUUGAGAUUUAAUCCAA